AUAGAUUAUGAUGACGGUAAUAAUAUUAAAGGUGCUAUUACAACGAGACCUAUGGUAUACAAUGUAGCAUUUGAGUUUCUGCACGCUUUUAAAAUGAUCAUCUGGUACCAUGCAUACACCGCCAUAUAUAUAUUUUGUCCAUGUGACGCUAUACUUUUAGAACAGUUACAUGUGCGGACAUAUUAAAUAUAGGUAGAUGGAAAUCAACUUCAAUGUUUAUGUUUAUUCCAGUGUUUCCUAACAAAUUAGGUGAACUGGGCCUUCUGCCAUGUAGCGCAAGUGCAUUCUUCUGGUCCAGCUACUCCCUACAAUUCUGGAACAUUAAAAAGUAAAUAACUACAUUCUAUUCACACACGGUAAGUACUCUUCAAGCCUGAACUGAUAUUACGUAUAUAUUUUUUGUGAGUCGCAUCUUUUAAUGAGACUUUACAUGUAAGAUGAUUGAUAGGAUUUUUGAUAACAAUGAUAAGUGUCUGAAAAUAACAUUAUUUUCAGAUUUUUCUUUCAAGCAAAACAUUGAAGACUUGUUUUAGUACACGUUCCACUGCAGUAGUUGUCACAUAAAGUAGUUUGAUGACAGCAGGCGGUCAUGUGGAGUGUUUCACAAGUUAAGUUUUUUUUAUUUAUUUAUUUUAUUUUUCUGGGGCCAUGUCGGUCCUGACAUGCUGACGUUUGCAUGCCGAAGAGGUUUCCGUGCAUUUCCGCGGUGGUCGUCGUGACCGCGUCGACCACCGCGCCACGGCGGUGUCGGCCCGCCGCCGAGAGUCCACUUCGCAUUUUGAGCGACGCCCCCAAAUUCCGUGCCGAGUGUUUGCAGACCCUCCGGGACGGAGAGGUGGAGGAGGAAUCGGCAGCUCGGCCGUCUGUGUACGCUCCGAGCAGCGCCAACGCCAUUAGUUCAUGACUUCAUCGAAGCCUUUUUUCGUUGACAGCGGCGUUUUUAGAAGGACUCCACGGCUGCUGCAGAGAAUGGGAAUAGGGACACAGGCCAAGGCUUGCCAUUUUGGCUGAAGGAGCAGGACAGUUGUCAAGCCCGCGCGCCGGCGUCAAUCCCUCCCUCCCUCACCUCGCCUGCCCCCCCCCCCCCCUCCGGCGUACACACAAGGACACGAACCGCCGCCCACAUUCACGGCUAUGUCCACAGCAGUAGACAUUGCUGGCCCUUCCUCGCCAGACCAAGCCAACAGCAGCGCUAAAAUCCCCAACGAGCCACUGAGACCCAACCUUAAGCGCUCCAGCCACCCGUACGGCCUGUCCCAUUACAUCGGCAACCCUUCCCAAGGCAUGGACGUCAAAGGCCUGAUCCAGCCCUCCCCGGCCCAGCAGCAGGCGGCCCCGCCCGGCCCCACCAAACCUCGCCGGGCCCCCUCCUGGCCCGACAUGUGGGAGUCGCCCAGCGGGCUCCACCUGGCCCACGCCGCCGAGCUGCUGAUGCGCGCCGGGCUGCUGGCGCUCACACCUACCGCCACGGAGCAGGCCGUCCCGGGCGCGCAGAGCAGCCAGCCCACCAAAAGGGAGGCCCCCGAGGUGAAGGCCGGCAAGGGGGACGGCGAGGUCGAAGGAUCCGGGCCCGAGGAGGAGGAAGAGAACUCGCCCGGGUGCAGGACAGACAUCCAGCCCUACUUGGGUGCCUGGUUCCCCUUCAGCCCCACUCUCUUGCCUCUCACCGGGUUCCAGAUGGGGGGAGGCCACUGGAGGAGCACGGCGAUGGGGGCCGAGGGCAUGGAGGGCCUGGUGGCCGAGGGCCACUCUCCCGGUUCCCUGGGCGGAGGCGGCGGGGGGAGGAGGAAGAGGAAGCGCUGCGGCGAGUGCGUUCCGUGUCGGCGUCAGACAAACUGCGAACAGUGUAGCAGCUGCCGCAAUCGCAAGAGGGGACACCAGAUCUGUAAAUACAGGAAGUGCGAGGAGCUGAAGAGGAAGCCGGGAGGUCCCGGGUUUGAGGGCAGAGUGUCCGCGUUUGACCUCAGAGGCUCCGACUUUUCUUUGGGCCUGGCGCAGGAGAGGAGCAGCGGUGCGUUGGACGGAUAGUAAUGUUUGCCACAGAAUCCUGCUCGGAUGAUUGUCGAGGAGUUGAAGUGUAAAAGACACACACAUGCGUACACGCACACAUGCACACACACACACACACACACACCACACACACACACACUGGACACCAUGUUGGUUCCAAGACAUGGACACGAUGUUUAGUGCAGAGCUGCACCUCUGUUCAAGAAUGUUCUCACUCAUUCCCAUCCUUUCUUUUGACAAUCAGUGAAUUGGAGAGGAGAGAGAGAGAGAAGGACACCGACGUGUCGCUGUAUCGAAAAAAAAAAUGUAAAUAUACUGUAAAUAUCAUGGGGGGGACGGGUGGGAAAGGGCGGGCGGGAAAUUAUGUCUUUUUUUUACAUCCCUUUCCAGUUUGGAUGUAUUGUGUUGCAGCCGUUUAAAAGAAACUAAAGAGGAAGAAGAAAAAAAAAAGAGCCAAAUGUUUUUGUUUCUACUUGGGACUCUCAAUCCUGUCGUCACCACAUUAUCAGUGAGCGAGUCGUCUAAAUUAUUUCAUGUGCAACUUGUACUGUAUAGAUCUGUUUGCCCUUUUUUUUGGAAAUAAAAAGAAAUUGGCCAUCGCGCGCUCGUCCGCACGCUUUCGCUGGCAUUUAA